CAGGUAUUCUUGAUCGGUUUAUUGACCUUUGACGUCGGCGUCAUUUUCCCACAACACACCGCUCCAGCUCGCAAGGAUGACGAAAAUGGCCGACAGUGGAUCAUCGGUUGAAAUUGUCGAGGGCUGCCGCCUUCCCGUUCUGCGUAAGAACCAGGAACAUGAAGACGAGUGGCCAUUGGCCGAGAUUUUAAGUGUGAAGGAAGUCUCCGGGAGAAAACUCUACUAUGUUCACUACAUUGACUUCAAUAAACGUCUGGACGAGUGGGUCACAGCAGACCGGCUGGACAUGAAGAAACUCCAGUUCCCGAAAAAGGAAGCAAAAACGCCCACCAAGAAUGGUCUUCCAGGCUCGCGCCCCAGUUCACCUGAACGAGAAGUGAGGAAGAGUCUAGAUCUCAACCUACAAUCUGCCACAGCUCCUUCCAGAGGCAAAACUCUCCCCACUCCGAAGAGGAAAGUGGAGCCGGUCCCCCUGGUGCCGCAGGUGCCGCCGGCCCCCCCGGUGCCCUCCCUGCCAACUUCCACCGAGGCUUCUCCGGCGGCCGUUUUCCCCGCCGCGAGAGAGACCAACGUCUUCAAGAGCCGAGAAGACCACGAGCAGAUUUCUUCCCUCACGACAAAUGGCACUGCUCGAAGGCUUAUCCCCUCUCAGCCCGGGAGGAAGAGGAAAGCUAAUUGCGGACCCACCGAUGAGAUGAUAAAGGUUUUGCAGUAUAACAAGCCUCAAAGUGCCAGUGUCUUUCUACCACCACCAGAGGAUUCACAGGACAGUUCCGAUGGCAUCCCGUCUGCACCCCGCAUGACAGGCAGUCUGGUGUCGGACCGCAGCCACGACGACAUCGUCACCCGAAUGAAAAACAUUGAGUGUAUAGAACUGGGGCGUCACAGGCUGAAGCCGUGGUACUUUUCCCCGUACCCGCAGGAACUUACGUCGCUGCCCAUCCUCUACCUCUGUGAAUUCUGCCUCAAGUACCUCAAAAGUCUCAAGUGUCUUCAGAGACAUUUGACAAAAUGUAACCUCAGACAUCCUCCAGGCAACGAGAUCUACCGCAAAGGAACCAUCUCGUUCUUUGAGAUUGAUGGCAGAAAAAACAAAAAUUAUUCCCAGAACCUGUGUUUACUUGCAAAGUGUUUCCUGGACCACAAAACGCUCUACUAUGACACGGACCCUUUCCUCUUCUAUGUGAUGACGGAGUACGACUCCAAAGGCUUCCAUAUCGUGGGAUACUUCUCCAAGGAAAAAGAGUCAACUGAGGAUUAUAACGUGGCCUGUAUCCUGACGUUGCCUCCUUAUCAGCGAAGAGGUUACGGGAAGCUACUCAUCGAGUUUAGUUACGAGCUGUCCAAGGUGGAAGGAAAGACGGGCACGCCCGAGAAGCCGCUCUCGGACCUCGGCCUGUUGUCUUAUCGCUCCUAUUGGUCGCAGACCAUCCUCGAGAUUCUCAUGGACCUUAAACCGGACAAUGGCGAGAGGCCACAGAUCACCAUCAAUGAGAUCAGUGAGAUCACAAGUGUCAAGAAAGAAGAUGUCAUUUCAACCCUGCAGUACCUCAACCUGAUCAACUAUUAUAAGGGCCAGUACAUCUUGACGCUGUCCGAAGACAUCGUGGAUGGACACGAAAGAGCCAUGCAGAAGAGACACACGCGCAUCGAUCCAAAAUGUCUUCAUUUCACGCCCAAGGACUGGAGCAAGAGGGGCAAGUGGUGACGCCUCCUCGGACCAUUUGGACAGCAGACGUCAAGCUGGAAUCACAAUGGUUUCACAAUCCAGAAGCUUUUUUUUUUCUCUCUCCAACCCGGCACGAGCUGAAAAAAAAAACCUGCGUCAGCUUUUAUUGUGAAUAUCUGUUCAAUAUUGUAUAUUGGGACUCUAGAAGAGUCUAUUUGAACAAUGACAUCAGCAAAACUUAACAACACUCCCUCUGUUGGGUACAUGAUCGACUUCACCAAAAUCUGUGCAAUUUUUGAAAGGUCGAGAAAAUAGUGUUGGGCAAAUUGCGAACAUGCGCAACAUCUCAUGUGGGGGUAUUAUAGAAACCCCCAGAGUGGAUUUCAGUAGAGACAUCCACAUUGCCCCCACCAAACCCCUUCCAAAAUGAAACGUUUUAAUCAGUUGAAUAUUCGUCCUUCUCAUGAGGCUCAUUUGUUGAAAAUACAACAGUUACAUUAUUGUUGUUUCUCCUGUGUUUGUUGCCAAGAAAACCAGAGUUCAUGAACAAAAAUCUCGAGAGCUUUUCAGAACUUUUCUAUUUGUUUAGGGCCCAAAUCGCCUCUACACCUCGUGUGGUGUAGCAUAAUUGUUCUUUUAAUGAUAUUCAUGUGUUUUAGUGAUAAUUCUGAUGCCGCUCAACGAUCCCUCGUGUUGGUAAUGAAAUUUGUUACACUGACUUCAUGAUCGGAGUCACCAAACGUCAGAUGGGUCGAAAAUGCUAUGAAACACUGAAAGAAGAAUUACUGGUAGUUUUCAGAAUUUUAAGGCACCACUGUCAUCAAAAUCAGAUGUCUCAAUUACUGUAAAACCAGAUUAGAUUGAGUUUUAUGCAUCCCCAAUGCUGGUGAUUUCCAUCUUUUCCCGUGUUCAAUAUCCAAUGAAAUAAGUCACUUCCAUGUUUUGGGACUCCAUACCGGAUUUGAUUGUAUACCUAACAUACAAGCCAUGUUGAACUGUUAAAAGAUUCAUGUACAUUUGGUGUACAGUUGUCUAUUUGUUUUGUUUUUUUAACAUACUGCACACUAGGAGAAGACGUGAGAUGUUGCUUUAUGUGCGUCCUUUAUGCGUGUCAGAAACGAUGUGGCGUUUUACUCUUGAAAUAAUUUGAGUCCUGUCUAUCCAAGUGGAGCACAGUUGAAGGAUGGAAACGAAAGUCUGGUUGAAAGUCACGUCUUUUGCCAUUUUAAACUGAAUUUCCUAUUUUUGAAAGUUGUUUUCAUUUCGAUGUCUGUGAAAGAAAAAAAAUGAAAUACGUCGUCAUUUAAAUUGUUGAGUUUGCGUGAUAUUUAUGCAGAAUAAAUGAAAUCAGUCACGUUGUU